GAGCGGUGUAUGUACUAAAUACGAGCAAAUAGUCACAGGAAUUCAGAGGCACGAUAAUUGCGAUUUACGUGACGAUUUUUACGAUUUUAGUGCAAUUAUGAGCGUAUAUCGUGAGAAUCGUACUAGUGGCUCGCGCUAAUAAUUCGAAUGUUACGCGUUACAAGUCAACCUGAAUAAACUGCACCACCGAUAGUAUAUUCCCGCCAACGCGAUGGCAAUGGCGUGCUAAUCUUGGGAUUUUUGGAACCGGGAACUAAAACGCAUUGGGAAUGAAAACAUCUUAUUUCGAAGUUUAUCAAUUCUAGCAGAUCUUCCUUGAAAUGGCUAGUAAUGCGCGAGAAAACAGUAACAUCUCCAUCAAUGAGGAUAUGGAGGUUAACUUGGAGAAUAUGGAGUGCGACGUGGACGAAGAAGGUGGUUUGAGAGUGGAUGAUGAGAUAUACAUCCCGCCAGCACCGACAACCUUCCGAGAGGUUGAUACGAAUGGGCCUAGACUUAUGAUAAGUAAGAUAGUCAACAAAAAUUUUAAGAGUUAUGCUGCUUCACAGAUGGUUGGACCUUUUCACAAGCACUUCUCUGCUAUAGUUGGUCCUAAUGGUAGCGGCAAAAGCAAUGUAAUAGAUUCAAUGCUAUUUGUAUUUGGAUAUCGUGCCAGCAAAAUUAGAUCAAAGAAUAUAUCUGUUCUAAUACAUAGUUCCAGUCAACAUGCAAAUUUAGAUAGCUGUACUGUCUCCAUACACUUUCAGAGGAUUAUUGACCAGCCUGGAGAUGAGUACGAGGUUGUUCCAGAUAGUGAAUUUGUUAUAUCUAGGACAGCAUUUAAAGAUAACUCGUCAUAUUAUGAGAUCAAUAAGAAAAAAGUGCAAUUUAAGGAGAUUGCUAAGCUUUUAAGAUCCUAUGGAGUUGAUUUGGAUCAUAACCGGUUCUUAAUAUUGCAGGGCGAAGUCGAGCAGAUAGCAAUGAUGAAACCUAAAGGACAAACUGAGCAUGAUACAGGAAUGCUGGAGUAUUUGGAGGAUAUAAUUGGUACCUUUCGCUAUAAGGAACCACUACAAAAAUUGAAUGAAAAGGUUGAGAUAUUGACUGAACUUAGGAUGGAAAAGCUACAUCGUCUUAGGAUUGUACAAAAAGAGAAACAAGCUUUAGAGGAGCCUAUGCAAAAAGCAGUGCAAUACCUGAAAGCUGAGAAUGAUAUAAUCAGUUUGCAGCAUCAGCUUUACCAUUGCCAAAGACACGAAGCGAAAAAAGAGCUUGCCGAACAUACAGCGAAAAAUGAUACUCUGGACAAGGAGCUAGCUACACUAGUAAACGAGAUGAAGAGUGUUCAUAUACAAAAAGAGGAGAAGAUCAAAAUCAUUAAGGAAGAAAAUAAGAAGUGGGACGAAUUGCAACAGCAGAAGGAUGAUGCCACAGCAGUGUUCGACAAAGUACGCAAGGAGGACGAGUCGUUACACGCUGAGCUGGUCGAGACAAAUAAACGACGAAAAGCUCAUAUGACACACAUCAAAACGGAAAAAGGCAAACUGGAGGAAUAUCUGAAGAUACCGGAGAAGAAUAUAAAGGAUAUCCAGGAAUAUGAGCAUCUGGUCGAUAUAUAUGUGACUAGCAAGGAAAAAGAAGAAGCAUCAUUGGUGACUCUGAUGGCAGAACUGAAAGAGAAGGCAAAACCGCUGCUAAAUGAACGAUCAAAGUUAGAGAAACAUUUGAUAUUAUUGCGGAAAAAUGUGAAUCAGGCGAAAGCGGAGCACGACAUUGCGCAGUCCGAGCUAGAGUUGUACACAUCAGUGGAGAAGGUGGAGAAAAACAAGUUAAACUCUCUCCGCGAGACUAUUGAGAGGAACUCGACCACUAUUCAGGAGCGUUUGGAAGGAUUGUCGUUAUUGACGACGAAAAUCCCGGCUACCGAGUCUAAUCUAAAUCAAACACAGAGUGAGAUGAACAAGAUGAAGGCGCACGAGGUAGAAAUGACUGCUCGAUUGAAGAAGUUGCGAGUCACUUUUGAGGAGCAACGGUCCGCCAUGCAGACUAGCAGGUCGCAGAACCGCAUCUUGGACUCUUUGAUGCGGGAGAAGCGAGAAGGACGGAUACCUGGAAUAUUUGGAAGACUAGGUGACUUGGGCGCCAUCGACGCUAAAUAUGACGUUGCGGUGUCGACAGCUUGCGGCCCGUUGGACAAUAUUGUCGUGGAUACGAUGGCUACGGCGCAAGCGUGCGUUACAUUUCUGCGACAAAACGACAUAGGACGCGCCACGUUUAUACCGCUGGAGAAGCAACAGCGAUUCCUGUCCAGAUGCAGCCGCAGCAUCGAUACGCCAGAGAACGUGCCCCGAUUGUUCGAUCUGAUACGGGUAGAGGACAAGCGCGUGUUACCGGCGUUUUACUAUGGUCUGCAGGAUACUCUGGUGGCGCAAGAUCUGGAUCAGGCGACUCGUAUCGCAUAUGGCAGGAUGCGUUACCGCGUGGUGACGCUGAAAGGUGAACUGGUUGAGCUGUCGGGCACCAUGAGUGGCGGCGGGCGGACGGUAUUGCGCGGUCGGAUGGGUCAGAAGGUCGUGAGUAACGAGCCGUCGAACGCAGACAUCGAGCGGCUACAGUCGGAACUGGAUACCGUUUUCAAGGAGUGUAAUGAGGCGCGCGCUCGGCAGCACACACUGGAGAACCAGAUCUACGUGUUAACGACAGAGCUCAAGAACUUACGAGUGAAUGAGAGGAAAUUUAGCAUCGAGCUGAAUACAUUGAGGGAGCAGGAGCCGGCUUUGCAGGCGCAGCUAAAGGAGCAGGAGAGAAAAGUCGCUAAAUCGAUAUCGGACCCUAAGAGGGUUACACAGCUGGAGAAAGCUGUGCAAAUGACCAAGUCUAAUAUGGACGAAGUUAAGCAGAGUUCAGCCGCAGUGGAGAAGGAGGUGGAGUGCAUCAAUCAUAAGAUAAAUGAUAUCUCCGGCAAUCGGGUGCGCGAUCAGCAAACGAAGAUUACCAAGCUGAACACGUCGUUGGAAAAGACAAAGGCGGAGAUUUGUCGCUUGCAAGUGACGAUCAAGACUGCUGAGCGGAACGUCAAGAAAACGGAGAAGAAUAUAGAGGGUUUGGAGGGCGAGGUGCAAACCUGCGAACAACGACUGAGAGACAUUCAACAGCAAAAGUCUAAGCUAGAGGAACAUGCUAGAGCGAUGUUAGAUGAGCUGAAGGAACUCAACGAGGCGCUGAAGAGGCGCGAUGAGAUGACGUUUACGAUAAAAGAGGAAGUAAAUGCUUUGCAGGCGCGCGAAGACCAAAUGAAGGCGGUGAAGAUCGACUUGGAUCAGAAAUUAUACGAUAGCAAGAAGCUCCUCAAGGAGCUUCAGCAAGUGAUCCCCGAAUACAAUCGGAAAAUAGCCAAUUUGAAAUUACGCACGAUUCCCAACGAGACGGAGCAAUUGACGCUGAACGAUCUAGCAGAGGAAGAAGUCCUCGAAUUAGACGUGGAGGUGGCGACGCGAAAUCUACAUAGAGCCAAGAAAAAAUUACCUCCCCAAAUGCCCAACAUGAAUGUCAUCAAAGACUAUCACGAGAAGGAUUCGUUGUACAUAAGCCGCGCGGCCGAUCUCGAGAAGGUGACUGUGUCGCGUAAUCGGAUACGUGAUAUUUAUGAGACAGCUAGGCGUAAUAGGGCACAGGAAUUCGUGCAUGGUUUCAGCUUGAUCUCCAUGAAGCUGAAGGAGAUGUAUCAGAUGAUGACGUUAGGCGGCGACGCGGAACUGGAGCUAGUUGACUCUCUCGACCCGUUCAGCGAGGGUGUCGUCCUCAGUGUGCGCCCACCCAAGAAAUCGUGGAAGAAUAUUGAGAAUCUCAGCGGCGGCGAGAAGACUCUAAGUUCGCUCGCGUUGGUGUUCGCUUUGCAUUACUACAAACCGUCGCCGUUGUACUUCAUGGACGAGAUCGAUGCGGCGCUCGACUUCAAGAAUGUCUCGAUCAUCGGCAAUUACAUCAAGGAGCGCACGAAGAACACGCAAUUCAUCGUGAUCUCUCUACGUUCGAAUAUGUUCGAGCUAGCGGACUACCUGGUAGGCAUUUACAAGACGCACAAUUGUUCCCACUGCGUCACUCUGAAUGUGGCCAAGUUCUGCAAGAAAAAUGGUGUCGCCCCGCCUAUGCAACUCACCUCGAGAAAUGCGUACGCUUCUCAGCCCGGCACGCAAAAGCCCACGUCGCAACGCAGUUGUCCGACGGCAACCUCGCAAAAGGAGAAGAUCGCGCAGGAGAAAACGUCGUCCGUAACUACCAAUAAUAAUGCGAAUGGGACGCAAAAUCGCGAACAGACGAGAAUCGAGCAUUCAGACGCUUUAGAUUCGGAGGAACAUACGACGUCGAAGAAAAUCCUACGGCGCUCUGGUAGACUAAGCCGUAGUAGCAGCAGGUCUAGCCUGGAGCAAGAAACAUACAACAAGAUGCCAUUGGCGAAGAAGAAGCGAACAAAGUGAAGAACGAGCGCGAGUAGCUCUGGAAAAUCAUUUGCGGAAGACAAUCGCGAGAUUCCGUGUCAGUGCCUAGUGUCAAUAUUCUGUUCUUAAACAGAACAAUUUUGUGUAAUGGUAAAAAGGGAGGAAGCAAAGAGGACAGAAGAGCAGAAAAAGGAAGGAAAGAAAGACACAAAAACUAUCAGAAUCUGCAAAAGAUAUCGUGUUAUAUGAAAUCAGUAGAGUGUUCUUGUGUUUAGCAUAUAAAGAUGAGGCAAAAUCACGAUAGAGACAAAGCAAAAGCCGUAUUGCGCGGAUUGCGACUUUGUGCGCGAACGAACAUUGUGUGAUCACGAUAGAUGCAGAUCAAUUGAUAGACUCUAAAACUAAGUAAUUACUUAGCUUUAAUCAAAUGACGUUACAUACACACACGUCACCUCCGAUUAUUGCGCGCGACUCUCUUGGUAUGAUGAAUGUAAAAUGUAAUGUAGCGAGAGUGAUGUUGGCGAGACGUGGAGACGAACAAUUGUAGUAAGGUACAUUCUUCUCUCUGCGCUCUUUCCAUAUACUCCCUUUUAUCUUCGUUCGACAUAAAUGUAUAUUUCCUCUUUUUCGAGUGCGGGAAUGCAGUUAAAAAGAAUGUACAAUAAUGCGAGCGCUGCAAGUGCACUCAGCAAUAUUUUUCUACAUUUCUACGUAUCGCAAGAUUAUUAAUAAUAUAGAUUUACGAACAACAGUGUUCGAUUUCCAUCGUUCCUAACGUAUGAAAAUCCGUCCUUUCCGCAUGUCCAGCAUUUUAAUCAGUAGAAUGAUUGCGAGAGACGAGAGGAAUAUCCCGAGUCUAAUCGUGAGAAUUUUAUGCGCGAUUGACGAUUUUCAAUACGCGCGUAUUUAAGACCUCACCCAUGAUAAUGGAUAUCGCCAAUGAAUGACCGACAAGUGGAACGCGCGAAAAGUCGGAAAAGUAUCUCAAGGCUGGAUCGCAACGUUUGUCAUCAGGAAACGGCCUCGGUCCUUUGGACAGAUAUCCGGAAACGCUGUGAAGUUUUUCCCGAGGAGGGUCCACCGCUGGUGAUUUCGACAGCACCGGUCUCCCCGGAAUUUUGUUAAGCUGGUUAUAUUUGAAUGAUUUAACGUGUCGAUCCUAUCGGAUAAAUUGUCUACAAUCAUCAAGCGGUCUGAACGAUAGACAGACAGACAGACAGACAGACAGACAGA